AUGUCGCCGGGCAAUGAUCCUUUGAAUGCGGUCCAGUGGUCGCUGUCGCAAUUCGGUGUGGACACGUCGACAAUGUUCCCUUUCCCCCGGGAGGUGACUCCCUUCCCCCUCCCUCAGGAUCUGGCCCUUCUCUCCUAUUAUGACCCAGCCAGGAUCGAUUAUUACUACGGCGCCCUCUACAGCCUCCCCGCUGCGCCCGGCGGCCAGAAAUACGGGACCUGCGAGGAGAUCUACGGGCCGGCGUACAUCCGGAAGAGGAACGAGAGGGAGAGGCAGCGGGUGAAGUGCGUGAACGACGGCUACGCCAAGCUGCGCCACCACCUUCCCCGGGAAUACACAGAGAAGAGGCUGAGCAAGGUGCAGACGCUGAGGGCGGCCAUGCGAUAUAUCCUCCGCCUGCAGGAGGCGCUGCGCUGGGGGGACUCCGAGGAGGCCGCAGACUCCCUACAACCAAUCGGCAAGAUGAGGGCGAGUGACGCCCGCCAGGGACGCGACUUCCUCCAACGCUCGCAGAGAUGA